CAAAGCACAGCGGCCCCAGCGCCCAUCCCUGCCGCCUCACGCUGCUCAAAGCGUCGAGCGCCCGGAUCCACCCCUAACCCCUUUCGGUGGAAAUACAGCAAACAACGAUCUUUUGUGUAGGACAGGAAAAACGCACACGCAUUCGGCAAAGGGGAGAAGCAGUAAGGAGGGAGGGGAGCUCGUCUUGCAUUUCUGCAGAUAUGGGCAGGGAUUAGAGAUCCCUUGCAGGGUUUAACAUUAUGGCCAAGCAGUAUGAUGUGCUGUUCAAGCUGCUGCUUCUUGGAGAUUCCGGCGUUGGGAAGACCUGUUUAUUGUGCAGGUUCACGGACAAUGAAUUUCAUUCUUCACACAUUUCCACAAUCGGAGUGGAUUUCAAAAUGAAGACUUUGGAAAUAGAUGGUAUCAAAGUGAGAAUACAAAUAUGGGACACCGCGGGUCAGGAGCGAUACCAGACUAUUACCAAGCAGUACUACAGGCGAGCACAAGGGAUAUUCCUGGUGUACGACAUCACCAGUGAGCGCUCGUUCCAGCACAUCAUGAAGUGGGCCAGCGACGUGGAUGAGUAUGCCCCAGAUCAGGUGCAGAAGAUCCUGAUUGGUAACAAAUCAGACGAGGAUCAGAAGAGGCAGGUAGCCACUGAACAGGGGAACAAGCUUGCUAAGACCUACGGAAUGGACUUCUUUGAGACAAGUGCCUGUACCAAUUACAACAUUAAAGAGUCAUUCACCCGGUUGACGGAGCUGGUGCUGCAAGCCAACAAGAAGGAGCUGGAUGUCCUGCGGGUCCCCUUCGGCGAGGAGCUCUCUGUCGCUGAUCUAGAGGAGGAGGAGCACCAGGCCGACGUCGACAGCAGUUCCCAGAAGAACUGCUGGUGUUAGGGAGCCGGGUGGCCUUCUCGCCGCUGUAGACCCACCACGUUCUCGCAGCAUUGUGGAAACAUUGUGACAACGUUAUCUUGAGCGGGUCAUCUCAUUUGCUGCAACUUCUGAAAUGCAUAUGUUCCUCAAAUCCUUUAACCAUUCCUCUUUCCUUUGUUUAUAAACCCUUAUUGUUCAUAUGUACUUGCUCAAAGGGGCUGGUGCUUUCCUUUCUUUUGUAAAGAAACGUUUACAUUUGUUGCACCUUUUCAAUCUCAUGCUGGAUGAAAGUAUAUCUCAUGUAAUUCACAGAAUGCACAGCUAGGUGGCAGCAGUCUCUCGGCACACUCAUGGUUUCAUCCUGUCAUUUUUAUACUGAGGACAUCUGCUAUCCGUUUAUGUCUCUCUGGUACCCUUUAAAUAUGGAUACUGGAUCCGUUUGCAAGAACCAAAUAAUUCAAGCUGUUCCAGGAAAAAUUUCAAGUUUCAGCGCAGCUAGAAUCCGUGCUUUGGAGUAUUGUAAUUUCACCCUCCAGUAUUUCAAUGUAAAUCUAGCAGAUGUAAUAUUAUAUAGCAUGCAGUAGAAUGCUGUAUAAUACAUUGAGACUUUUCUUUAAAUAUCAUAUUUUACAUCUUUACCCGGGCAACUUUAAUACGCAUUACUGAUCAUUUCAUGUCAUUUUUGCCUGCUAUAGGCCCCAGCACUUCACAGCACCUGCCGCUCAUUUGUCAAUUUUGCACCAAAAUAACAAUCUUUGCCAAAACACUUGGAGUAGAUUAAUCAGCUGUUUCCUUAUAGAUAUUUUUUUUUUCUAGAAGACAUCAUAAUGUCACACAUCACCAGUCUGCAGUAGGCCUACAUUUUCGAAAGUUGGCUACUCAUAUUACGUGAAACAUUAUAUAAAAAUAAUUAUCAAUAUAGAUGCAACUUGUUCAUUCUGUGAAGCUUAAUUUGUGUCUGAAGCUGCUUCUGGUCCGAUUAAUUGAGCUUUUUUUGUCUCCUGGAAAGGACUGUUAUAUGUAACUUCCAUUAUUUCCGUCUUUUCCUGGUGCCGACAGUUGCUGAAAAAGCUACAUUAUAGUAUUAAAAUAUCAUAAAUCCUUGAGAUAUCCAUGCCAGUUUGCUCAGCAAAAUAUGCGUUUCGGGUUUAGUACUUGUAUACGUUCAGCUAUAGUUUAAUAAGUUCAAAUAUCUUAUCAAAUAUCUAUUUUUUCAUUGGGUCAUUUCCAGGGUCUUACUAUGCCGGAUAGCUUCACUUUUCCCCAGUCUUUCAACUGGGAUGCCACAGUGAAAGAAGAUACUUUGUACAGUUGAGAGGGCAGAAAACUGAGAUGAAUUAUUGAAGUUCUGAAAAGCGAGCCUGCUUGGUGGGGUCACGUGGAAGAAAAUGAACCAGUUUUUUUUUUUUAAAUGCAGUUCUUUUUCACUCCUCUGCCAAAAGAUUAAAUGACCUUGAUUCAAGAUGCAGAUCUAUAUUCUUUUACACAGAAUAAACACUCUACAGAGAUUACAACUGCUUAAUACCUUUGCUGAAUAUUCAUGUAUGUAAAAACAGAUCUAAUUAUGUAAAAAAUAUGCAGGGUCUGAGUGUAUAGGCUUCUCAUGUAUAUGUUUAUUAUUAUUUUGGUAAAGUGUUUACAUAAAACUUCCUCUAUAUUUUACCCUGCUGAAGUUGAUUGCAAAUACCGCAUAUGCUUGCCUUGCUAACUUUAAACCCCCAGUUCUCUCUUUUGAGAUCUGCUUGUUCACUGGCUUGUGUGGCAUCCUGAAUCUUGUUUCACUGUUUGCAGUGCAUUUCCAAAAUGUUUAUAUGAGGGUUUUGUCCACCUUUGAUAACUGAGCAAGGAUGAGAAAUAUAGCAAAACUUUGCAACCAAUGACAUCAGAUGGCCUAGAUUUUAUUUACAAACAUUGCAUUGUACCUUUAUAUAAUUCAGACGUGAAAGCAAGUUUUGUCAUGAAUCAUAUAUAUUAUAUGAACUGAAUCAGGUUGUGGAUACAAAAUGUAGCUUUGUGUUGUUCCUGCUGGUCUGAUUUAUUCAAAAAUGUUUAUAAAUGAUAUUUAAAUUUUCUCAUGGUA